AAAUGUUUUCAAUAUGACCAUAACAACUAAAGAAUUUAGUGAUCUGUUACAAUAUUUCUCUGUAAAAAAUGCCUCCAAUCAUAUUAUAUCGUUGGCUUUAACAGUUAACGAUUCAUUUGUUGUGGGAUUUAAAAAGCAAUCCGUUACAUUCGAGCAACCGCCCUGGGAUAUACUCGAUGGAGAUAAUACUUCAACGUCAUCACUCUUCAAUCAAUAUAUUGAUAAUUCCUCGACCCUACAAUAUGCUACCAAUGAUACAUUUUUGAAUCAAACCAAAUUGAGUGUCAAGAAACGCAUUAGUACGGAAAUACCCAUAUGGUUGAUACCAUGCUACAGCAUUAUUUUAAUAUUUGCUAUUGUUGGCAAUUUACUGGUGGCCUCAACACUGUUUCAGAAUCGUCGUAUGCGUACAAUAACAAAUGUGUUUUUAGCAAAUCUCGCAAUUUCCGAUAUGCUGUUGGGGGUCCUGUGCAUGCCCAUCACUCUGGUGGGAACAUAUUUAAGACAUUUCAUUUUCGGUGAACUGGUGUGUAAAUUUAUACAAUUUGCUCAGGGUAAGUAUUUAUCUAUGAGAUUACCGCCAUUAAAUCAACAUAGAUAUAGUACGUAUAUAUGUAGAAUUUACUAAAUAAACAAAAAGAAAACAUAAAAAGAAGUACCAAAAAUGUUUAUGUGGGCACAUUUAUUUAUUUGUGACAAACCGUUUGAAAUUGGAAAAACUCAUACACUAAGGAAAGCAAUAAACAAAGAAAUACAAAUUCUAAUUUUUAGUUAAACUCCACAAAUCAUGAUUCAUGAUCAACACGGUUUUAUGGCACAUUCUAAGUAUUCAAAACCCAAGCGUAAAACUAUAUAACAAACCAUUCAAAUUUAUGUGAUGUAGCUAUAAAAAUAAAUCUUUUUGUCAUUUAAUCUCUAGUUAGUGUGUUUGGUAAGGCCUUAAAAAAAUCAAUUGCCCAAUGCCCAAAAGAAAAAUGACCAAAUAAUAAUAUGAACAUUUAUCAAGAAUAAU